AUGAUCGAUUUUGUUCACGCUGAAAGUAAACGAUUAAAUUUAGCAAAAAGUGUUAGACGUCGUUUUUCUCAUCAUCAACAUCGAUGGAGACAAAAAGAAAAUUUGCGUCAUAUGAUUAUUUUAAUUAAAAUAAUCUAUGCUAUUAUCUUUAUUUGUUUAACAAUUUCUACAUGCCUUGAUCAAUAUGUUGAUGAAGAAAAUAAAGAUUCAAAAUCAAUUUUUAUUCGUAUAUGGAAUAUAUGGUAUUCAUUUUUAGCUCUUAUUUUACUUUUAUCACUACUUAUUGAUCAUUUAAAACGACAAAAUAUUAUUUCAUUAAAAUCGAUUAAUGUUAUACAUAUGUUAUUAGUUAGUGCUUUUAUUAUUUUUAUUAUUUUAGGUCAUAUUCAAGGUUUUUAUCACUUAUGGUGGUUAUCAUCAUUAUCAUCAAAUCAAUCGACACGUCCAACAUUUGUUUCAAUUGUUUUUAUUGAUAUAUGUCCUAUAUCAAUUACUAUUAUUAUGACUAUUGAUUUAUUAAAGAAACGUCGAUCAUGGCGUCAUGUUCAUAUAAAUACUAUUAUUUCGAAUGUUUAG